UCCUGAUCCAUUUUCUGACAAGGAAGUUCAACAAAAACACCACAGAAACAAAGGGUUCUAAAAACCGAAACAAGAAAACAAACUCAUGUCAAUGAAUCUGCUGCUUCUCCACUAUUAUUUAUCCAAAACAAUGAUAGCAUCAUCAUCAACAGUGGCUGUCACUUCUCCUGGUGGCCAAAUUUCCAACAGGUUAAGACCGAGAACCAGGCCACCAGCAAAGGUGAGUUUAUGGGAACAAAGACCAGCAGCCAGAAAUAUACACGUUAAUAGCUGGAGAUCAGCACCAUUAAAAUCAGUAUGGGCAGUGGAAGCAGCAGCAUCAGGUGGAGUUCCACUUCCACCAUUGGAUUUGACUGAGGAAAAUAUUGAACUUGUCUUAGCUGAUGCCAGAGUAGAGCUUGCUCAGCUUUUCGACAAUUCAGUUGGCAUAACAGGACAAGUUGAACUAGCUGAAUUGGAUGGACCCUUUGUGAAGAUUAGUCUCAAAGGUCGAUUUUGGCACAAACGUUCCACAGUUGUAGCCAGAGUUGGAAAUUAUUUGAAACAGAGAAUCCCUGAAAUCUUGGAGGUUGAUAUUGAAGAUGAGAAGCAAUUAGAUGACAGCCCUGAAAGCUUUUGAGAUGUUCAAUGCCCCUUGGGUGUUCAUAUUAAUUGUUUUUAUUUAGCCUUUUUUUUGGCAGUUCAGGGGAUGCAACUCUAUUUACAGAUUAGGUGAAAGAUUGAUUACAAAUUCUUCAGAAAUUAGAUGGGUAAAGACUUUGAUGAAACACUUCUAUCUUAUGAUUUGUAUUAACGCAUCAACUCAAAAUUAGAAAUCAUUGGACCUACUUUGCAACACAAGGUAACUUUUCUCAAGGUAGAGGGAAUAUGCCGCGUCUUAAAAUAAUUAACAAACUUGCUAAUACUUGAUGAAUUUUCCUUUUAGAUUAAUUAGUUGAUUCCACGAGAAAACUCUUUUUGAAGCAACAUCGG